AUGUCCCUCAAAGAAACAAACGAGGCCGGCCAUGAGGCCAAAACGCCCGCCGAGGCCGUGCGCGACAUCACGUCGCCUGGUGUUCAACGCAUCAAGGCCAUGUCCGAGGUCAUCACCAUGACGGAUCGCAUCUUUAUCUUUCUAGGUGUCUUCCUCAUCUCUUAUGCCUACGGUCUCGACGGUACAGUUCGCUACGCCUACCAGCCUUCGGCCCUGAACGAAUUCAAGGAGCACUCACUGCAAUCCUCCGUCAACACCCUCCGCGCCGUCAUCGCUGCUGCUGCUCAGCCUACCGCUGGCAAAAUUGCUGAUGUCUUUGGCCGUGUCGAACUUAUUUGCAUCUCCGUCUUUUUCUACACCAUCGGUACUGUUAUUGAGGCUGCCUCGCAGAAUCUCGAUACCUACUCUGCUGGUGCUGUCAUCUACCAGAUUGGUUAUACCAUGAUUUUGUUGUUGGUCGAAGUCAUUAUUGGAGAUAUUACCUCGGUCAGAUCUCGUCUGUUCUUCAGUUACAUCCCUGCUCUGCCCUUCAUCAUCAACACAUGGGUUAGUGGCGAUGUCACAGCUGCUGUGCUUGGUGCUACAACCUGGAGAUGGGGAAUCGGCAUGUGGUGCAUCAUUUACCCCGUCUGCGCCCUUCCUCUCAUCAUCAGUCUCCUCGUCGUCGGCCGUCGCGCAAAGAAGCAGGGCCAUCUUGUUGGUUACCGCUCAUCCUUCCAGCAACUCGGUCUCAAGAGCUUCACCGUCGAACUUUUCUGGCUUCUCGACAUUAUCGGAGUCAUCCUGCUCAUUGCCGUCUUCGCUCUGCUUCUCGUCCCCUUGACCAUCGCUGGUGGUUUCGAGAGCAAGUGGUCUGCCCCCCAAGUCGUUGCCCCUCUUGUUGUCGGCUUUGUUUGCAUCCCCGUGUUCGUUAUCUGGGAACUCCGCGCUCCUCACCCGCUCGUGCCCUUCCACCAUAUGAAGGACCGCUCCGUCUGGGCUCCCAUGGGUAUCGCGUGCAUGCUCAACUUUGCCUGGACAAUGCAAGGCGACUACCUCUACACUGUCCUCCAAGUCUCCUUCAACUUCAGCAUCAAGGCGGCCACCCGAGUUCAGUCCCUCUACUCAUUCGCAAGUGUCAUCACCGGCACCAUUCUCGGCCUUAUCGUUUACAAGGUGCGCCGCUUUAAGGUUUUCAUCGUAUCCGGCACGUGUCUGUUCCUUGUCGCCUUUGGUCUGCUCAUCCGCUACCGAGGUGACCCCAGCGACUCGAACCAAUCCGGUGUCAUUGGCGCUCAGAUCCUCCUCGGUAUCGCGGGUGGAAUGUUCCCCUACCCCGCCCAGGCCUCUCUCCAGGCCUACGUUACACACGAGCGACUUGCUGUCAUGACAGGCCUGUACCUGGCCUUGUACCAAGUCGGUUCCGCUAUGGGCAACGCUGUGUCGGGCGCCAUCUGGACCCAGGUCUUGCCUGUCCGUUUGGCUUCCAGCUUCUCCAGCUUCGGAAACGAGACACUCGCCGUUUACACCUACUCGCAGCCUCUUUCCGCCAUCCUCGACUUCCCUGUCGGCUCCGACGAGCGCACUGCCAUGAUUGACGCGUACAAGCACGUGCAGAGGCUGCUUACCAUUACUGGUAUCUGCCUGUGUAUCCCUCUUAUCGCCUUUUCUCUGUGCUUGCGUAACCCCAAGCUCACUGAUCAGCAGAACUUGGUUGAGGAUGAGAGGCCUGGUGAGACCACCGAGCGCACCAGUGCUAGUGCUUGA